GUCCGCACCACUGGAAUAUCCGUUGGCUCCAGACCGGCGACUACCACUGAUCGCUCUAAGAGUGACUUAUCUGUUAGACAUAUCAUUAUAUGAGCUCGGCCGACCGGAUUCUUGCGAUGACCAUGCACAUAUAUGCUCAAGGCUACUGCGAAAUGAUCGGCGGCCGAUAACUUCAGAAACUCUACGUGUAUCGCCGAACAGUCACACGACGCACUUGACUGCCUCAUCGUAUGGGUUGAACGCCGGCCGCGACUCACUGUUUUCACCAUGCCGAUCAUAGAAGAGACGGUGACGGACAAUGAACAUCAAGACAGUUCUGCGAUCGCCGAAGGCGAUGCCUCUGGUCGCCAUCCCCGUGUCCCUCCAAACCCAGCUUCGGUCAAGAUCAAUGUCGAAGGCGCCUUCAUCGUCGACGACGAGAUGAACCUCCGUAAUGGCGCCUCCAGCGAGCAUGAACACGUCCAUUGGGAACACAAGGACAUCCGCCUUCCAUAUCACACAGAUGUAGUGAGCCACGUUGCUCUUGAUAUUGGCGGGUCACUGGCGAAGCUGGUCUACUUCUCCCGCGAGCCAGGCUCGACGCACGGCGGCGGACGACUGAAUUUCCUCAACUUCGAGACGGACCGGAUUGAUUUGUGCAUUGACUUUAUUCAAGAAUUGAAGAAGACGCAGUCAAAGCUCAAUGGGUCUACUCCACAGGAACUGUGUGUCAUGGCAACAGGAGGCGGCGCAUACAAGUUUUACAACCGGAUGAAAGAGCUGUUGCACGUGGAUGUAGUUCAAGAGGACGAGAUGGAGUGCCUCAUUAUUGGGCUAGACUUCUUCAUUACCGAAAUCCCGCGAGAGGUGUUCACAUACAGUGAAGAGGAGCCGAUGCAGUUCGCCGAAGCCCGCGCAGACAUCUACCCCUACCUCCUGGUCAAUAUUGGAUCUGGUGUCUCAAUGGUAAAGGUCUCUGGACCUCGAGAGUUUCAGCGCGUGGGCGGGACGUCCUUAGGCGGUGGGACAUUCUGGGGUAUCCUAUCCCUUCUCACCGGAGCCCGCACUUUCGACGAGAUGCUCCGUUUGGCGGAAAAGGGGGACAACAGCGGCGUAGAUAUGCUUGUGGGUGAUAUCUAUGGCGGGGGAUACAGUAAAAUUGGGCUCAAAAGCACCACUAUUGCAAGCACGUUUGGGAAAGUGUUUCGAAUGAAGAGGAUGGCCGAAAGACACGCGGAAGACGGUGAAGGGUUAUUUAACGGCGAUGGUCACGGCGAGGACCAUGACAUGCUACGAGGAUUCAAAAUCGAAGACAUGGCCAGAAGCUUACUAUAUGCCAUCUCGAACAACAUUGGCCAGAUUGCUUACCUUCAGUCAGAGAAGCACAACCUCCAGCACAUAUAUUUUGGCGGCUCUUUCAUUCGAGGCCAUACUCAGACGAUGAAUACCCUUUCUUACGCCAUCAAAUUCUGGUCCAAAGGCGAGAAGCAAGCCUACUUCCUCCGGCACGAAGGAUACCUUGGCGCUGUUGGAGCAUUCCUCAAACGACAACCGAAGAAUUGGGGCAGGCGCAACAGUUUCGAGGAUAUCAGACUAGGCAAAGUGUUGUCGAGGGAAUAGCAUGGAUUCGCAUCUCUCAACAAAACAGUGAUUAUCGGAAUCUUGUUCAGAUCCGUGCACUUUGCCAGAGAGGUCCAUUUGACUAAGAAGGCACCGAGAACCUGUUUAUACCUUCGACACCAAAGCCAUGCUCCAGAACCACCCUUUGGAAAAGAUGGGCACGAAUAUUCUUUGGCGAGACAAGCGUGUCUUUCAAAAAAUACCAAACAAAACACACUACCGCCAGUCCCGCAUAUCGGAACAGAAGCAAAGGUUACUCCGUGGGCAUGCACCUGGGGCAAUUAGUAUUGUUGUCCUAGACUGGAUACCCAGGUAUGGGGUGGUCCGAACCACAGGACAACUGGUUUGAGAGAGGGGUCUGGGAGUUGCAGCAGUGCCCGAAGAGGGCCUCCAAUGCAUCACUACCUGGUGAUUCUGUGAGAACCCACAAGAGAUUUGGGCUUUCGACAGAAGCUUUUGCGUAAGGCUGGAGGAGGUUUCCGGCGGGCGUAGAAGGUUGGAAAACUCCUUAGUGAGUUGGGAGUGAUGCAAUAUCGCACCGAGGCGGCACUCUUCCGAUCAAUAUAGCGGGAAGUUCCAGCAAUAUCUUUAAUCUACUUCCCUCAGCAGCACACUCCACAAAAAGAGCACGAGAAGUCACCGGCAAGGAGAUGCCGCAGCGG